CGCCCGCGCGCAGCGGCAUGAAUUAUGAGUGAAUGAGUGCCCGUGAGGAUGAGUACGGUACUCGAGAGAGUUACCUAUUGGGAGUGGAGGGCGUGUCGUUAACGGUCGGCGUGGUCAUUAUGUCCGAGAAAGCGAGAGAAGUGCUAGAGUGCUCCAUGUUACAGGGAUCGUCCAGGGAGUCGAGGCUAGCAAGGGUUGAGAUGGACCCGCAGAUGAUGGAUGUUGAUGUUCUGUUGAUGGUGAUGGUGUGGAUCCUCUGGAAGUUUGAGGCACUGGAGCGACCUAAAAGUCCGCCCGCGUUUGACGGCGGCGGACUUAAGACAAUGAUUGAAUUUUGGGUACGUACUGAUCGAUCGAUUGAUUGACUGAUUGCUUGUUUGAUUGAUUGUGGUGGUAUGGUAUAGCGAUGAUGAUGAUGGUGAUGGCUGACGGGAGGCUUGGAUGCUUCCCCAACUGCUGGUGCUUACAUUGAACCUAACGGGUUAUCAGUUAGAGUAAACCGUUGGAAAUAUAGAUUGAUUGGGCGCCCAUCAAAAUGAGGGACAACGCGUUCUCAGGGCGCAAGCAAAUUGUACCCAAAACUCAAAGCAUAAGAGCGAGGCUGAUGAGUGUAGGAUGAGGUCUCUGCCAAGCCAUGCCCUUGAUCAGCAUCAGGGUGCGAGACCGAGAACGAGCAUUGAGCGAGCGAGCUAGCUACCUAGGUAGCUACGGAGUACAGUACGGAGCAGUUGCUAGGGCUGUUUUUUUUGGCGAUCCCCUUUCCCCUGUGGCUAUACAACAAUUACCGUCAGCUACGUACGUACGUACGGAGACUGUCACUGAGCGCGUAUUUUGCGUAUAACAUCGAAUCACUCGCAAGGAUCAAACUGUAUCGCUGACUGCCGUACCAGUCUCAGUCUGGCUCUGGCUCUGAUCACGGUUGAACUUUUCAAGGUUCGUUUCUGGUUUCAGAGCACGGCAAAUGGUACUUAAUUGCGCUGCAUAACGCUACACUUACUACACUGCAAUGUACAGUAAGACGGAUUGAUGCUUAUUGUUUGGAGGUGCAGAUGACCCAGUAGAGCUCCUACAAUCUCGGACUUGAUUACUUUGUACAACAAUUCCAACACCAUCACUAGAACAUUGAAAUAAUGCGGCUAUUUCUACGGAUAGAUACGUGUAUAUAUGAUUCUUGUCUUGUUCCUAUAGUCUACUCCCCAGACCGAUCUCGUCAUCGUGCUCGAUCAACAAACAAGUUGCUGAU